AUGGCCAACCUUGGCAUACCAAACCUACCACCAGACUAUACGCCCAGCGAAGACCAAUUCGCACAGACCAUCGACACCCGCCAUUGGAUACGGUACCGCAAAUGGAACUUCGUUAUUUUCCGUGGCACAUAUAACGACAACGCGCUUUGGGCAAAGUUUAUCACUCUCCUUAAAGGCGAGUACGCCAAUCACAUGGAAAACCGCGCCUGUUUGGAUUCUAUUACGGUAACGCGGGACGAAUGGCACCGCGGUCCAGGGAUUCAUUGGCAACUCCAAGGCCAAGUUGUUCUUAUUGACGGUACCCACGGGCACCACGAUAAGGACGAUCGCCACCUUAUACCUGCGGAGCUGGACGAGGACGGGAACCCUCGGACCGACGAGGAAUAUGAACCACUCGAAGGAAAUAUUAACUGGGACGUUGGCUGGACCUAUAUCGACGCCGGCCAUCUUACGGUGUAUUACGAGGACCUGCAUUUUCAAGGGACCGAUUGGGAAACGUGGGAAAUGGUUUACGACCGCAAGAGGCCUUCCGCCGAAGGCCCCAAGCGUGAGACUGGAGAGCCUCUUGCCUCAUUCGAUUUACCAUCAAGCGGCGAAUAUUGA